GAGAAUUGUUUGGUCAAUGUUUAGCAAUAUGUGCUUAGUAAGGUGUAACAUGGCUCGAUAAUGCUUAGUAACAUGUCUCAUUUUUUAGUGUUUUCAAUCAGUUGAUGGUUUUUAGCAGAUUUGUAUGUAAUUGUUAGAGCAAUGUUGGGACUCAAGGGCACUGAUGAAGUAUCAUCUCUAUCAGAAAUUCUUUGCCUUUAAUAAAAUACAACAGCAAAGUCCAGGAGUAUGCUGUAUCCAGAGAUAACAGCGAGUUUUGCUACGGAUUUAGAAAGUGUGAGGUUAAAUUUUAGCUGCACAAAUAAACAAAAAAGUUUUUGUGGGUUUGAUGUGGCCCAAUAAUUCAUGUAAUAAUUAUGAUUAUAGCUGUAGUUAUGAGUCUGUGAUUCCAGAUACAAAGCAAGAGGCUAGGAACAAGAAGCUUUGGCUACUGAACAGAGAGGAAGCUCUGUCACUACUGUCACACGCAGAGCUGUGGCUCAGUGACCAGUCACAGCAGGACACCAGAGCCAUGGUUACCACAGGCCAGUGGAAGAUGCUUUCUGUCUCAGCAGCUGCUAAGAGGAUGAGAGGUCCGACAGAUCUGUAGUGUAGCUUCUGAAGCCUGUCAGUCUACUUGUCUUUGUCACAGGCAGAUAAGGAAAUACUGGUAAUGGUGUUAUCUUUGUGGGAGUGGUCAUCAGUGUCAUUAUAACUCCAUCCAGAGGGUGGAUUUUAAUGUCCUGCAAACUCAUUUGGGUAGCUUGCCUCAUUUGUGGUGUUAUCUUCUGAAAAGCCUGUAUUUCAGGUAGACUUGAGAAAUGCCUUCAUGUUCUGUUGAAAAGUGAUAAUAUUUGAAGAAACUUUUUCUUUCCUCUCCUUUAGAGCGUUUCCUAAGGCUUGUUCUGAACCAGCAGAAGUUUUGAUAUGCAGUGAUAGUUGGUGCAAGUCAUGGUCAUAGUAGGCUGAGAUAAAUGGAUGCUGAAAAGAGUGGGGAACACCACUGAAAGUAGAGUUCUUUCCAUCUCUCACUUACACCUUCCUAAUAUUUUUAUUACCCUGACAUUGGCAUUUUUGAGUUGACUGAAGGUUGAGCUGACAAAAAUUCAACUGAAAGCAAUAUUUUUGGCAAGUGUUGUUUUUAGGCAGAUUAGUUCCUUGAUAUAACUCAGCAAGUUACUGCAUCAGUGAUGGUAUUGGCACAAAGGGAGUGAAGGAAAUUCACAGGAAAGGGAGGUUUGACAGAAUCCUCUGGCAGUAGCCUACAUCUCUGCCAGCUUACUAUGAUCACUAUAGGGCUGUGAUACUCAGUUUUAUGAGUCCUAGUAGUGGCUAUGGCCACAUCCUGUGAGAAGCUCGUCUGAAAUAAUUUAGCUCCAUUGGUUCAGUUUUGUUGAAAAGAUAUUUGAUGGCUUAACUUUGUACUGGCAGUUUUUGAGUCAGUUCAGGUACAACUUGUCCUUUAACAACCACUCUAAAGCUGGUCUAAGCUUCAUCUCCAGCUCAUUUAGUCCUGACUCAUGCUGUUCAGUGAUUCAGUCAGUCAUGUACAAGGCCUCUACCUGCAAAAGGCAGGCUGUGAUGUGAGAGCAGAUCCUUGGAAUCCAGGUGCAUUGCACUGCAGGGAACACCUGCACUCCUUGUGCAGAGCUGCCCUUAACUUACCUUUCCCUCAUUGUCUGCACGUGUCACCGUGCAGCCUGCCUCACUGAAAGAAACAAAAGCCCAGCUUAGAUUCCCACAGACUUUAAUGAGCCGUCGAUCUGGACAGUAUACAAUGAACCAUGACCAUUCCAAGAAGAUCCCUGAUGGAGUGUCAUUUGACCGCUCAGGAUCCCAGGACUCCUUGGAUGAACUGUCUAUGGAUGACUACUGGAAAGAACUUGAAAACAUCCAUGAAACCAGAGGAAAUAAUCACGAGGAACGAGUAGCACUUGUAGUGAAAGAGCCAGAUGAGGGAGAACUGGAAGAAGAAUGGCUGAAGGAGGCAGGUUUGUCAAAUCUGUUUGGAGAGAGCUCUGGCGACUCCCUGGAAAGCAUGGUGUUUUUAUCCACACUCACCCGAACCCAGAAAGCUGCAGUGGAAAAGCGAGUAGAGACUGUCACACAAACCAUGAGGAAAAAAAACAAACAGCACCAGAUUCCUGAUGUCAGAGAUAUCUUCAGGCUACAAAAUGACUCAAAGGGAAAAGUCUGUGAUGGAAGCGAACCUUCAGCUGUGAGAACAAGUGAAAACAAAAAUGAAACACAUGAUGGAACAAAAGGUCCAAAGUUCAGUCUUGGAACAGAUGAUCAGAAGAGCCUUCUUGAAGACAUGCCAUCCUCAGACACUGACAUCAAUUUGGAGAUAUCAUUUGCAGAGCAGGCAGCUAAUCUCAAAGACAGCUCAGUAGGCAAAAUGUACAAAGGUGGAGGGGGUGACACUCUUCUCCCGAAUUUCAGACUGCCGAAGGACAAAACAGGUACCACAAAGAUUGGUGACUUAGCCCAUCAGGACAUGAAGAAAGUCUAUUCUUUAGCACUGAUUGAACUAACUGCUCUCUACGACAUACUUGGGACAGAAUUCAAGCAGCAAAAAGCUGUAAAAAUCAAAACCAAAGACUCUGGCUUGUUUGGUGUCUCACUGUCACUUUUACUGGAACAGGAUCAGAAGAAGGUCCCAGGAACCAAGAUCCCACUGAUUUUUCAGAAGCUGAUUGCCCAGAUAGAAGAGACAACUCUGGAAACAGAAGGACUUCUUAGAAUACCUGGAGUUGCAACAAGAGUAAAGGGUCUUUGCCAAGAACUGGAAGCAAAAUUUUAUGAAGGGACUUUCAACUGGGAAAAUGUAAAGCAACAUGAUGCAGCAAGUCUUUUAAAACUCUUCAUCCGUGAACUGCCUCAGCCACUCCUCACUGUAGAGUAUCUCAAAGCUUUCCAAGAUGUGCAGAAUCUCCCAACGAGGAAACAGCAACUACAAGCUUUGAAUCUUUUGGUUAUCCUUCUACCUGAAGCAAACAGAGACACCCUGAAGGUACUGCUUGAAUUCCUCCAAAGAGUAAUUGAUCACCGAGACAAAAAUAAGAUGACGUUAAAGAAUGUUGCAAUGGUGAUGGCCCCAAACCUUUUCACAUUUCAUGGGUUUGGCUCAAAGACUAUUGAACAAAGCGAGUUUGCUAUGGCAGCUGGGACAGCAAAUGUCAUGCGCUUUAUGAUUCAGUACCAAAAACUUCUCUGGACAAUUCCAAAGUUUAUCGUUAACCAAGUGAGAAAACAAAACACUGAAAGCCAGAAGAAGGAGAAAAAGGACAAAGCUAUGAAGAAACUUCUGAAAAAGAUGGCAUAUGACCGGGAAAAGCAUGAGAAACAGGAGAAGACUCCUAAUGAUACUGAUGUUCCUCAGGGAGUGAUACGGGUGCAAGCGCCUCAUCUUUCCAAAGUUUCCAUGGCAAUACAGCUGACAGAAGAACUCAAAGCCGGUGAUAUAGUAGCCAGGUUUCUCAGCCAGAAAAGUGGAAAUGUCCAAACACUCAAGAAAGAAGAGGUCUUUCUUUAUGAAAUAGGAGGAAAUAUCGGAGAACGCUGCCUUGAUGAUGACACCUACAUGAAGGACCUAUACCAGCUCAACCCAAAUGCUGAGUGGGUUAUAAAACCUAAGCAGAGCUGAGAUCACAACUAAUGGCAGAACCUCCAACCUGUGGACUUACGUUAUACAGCUGAAUGUUUCAGAAGGAUAGUGUGUCCUUUCAACAUUCAGCCAUUAUGUAUAUUAAUAGAACUUUAUCCAG